AUGGAUAAGAGUGAAAAGAAAAUAGAAGAACUUGUCUCUCAAGAUAAUUCAAAUGAACACGACAUUGUUGUUUCUGACGACAAACAAAACAUCCCUGAUAUUUUGCACAAAGAUCGUGAAGAUUACUCAUGCAACAAGUGUGAGAAGAAAUUUGAAAGUAAAUCAACUUUACUCAAGCACAAAAAAAUAUUCCACGAAAUUUUCAGAGACUACUUAUGCGAAAAGUGUACGCAGAGGUUCGAAAAUAAACGAAGUCUGCUCUUGCACAUCACGAGAAUCCAUGGAGAUCCCAAUGAUUAUGCAUGCGAUAAAUGUGAUAAGAAAUUUGGACAAAACCGUCAUUUGCUUGUACACCAAAAAACAGUACACGAAGGUCGGAAAGAUUUUGCAUGUAACGAGUGUGAGCAGAUAUUUGGACAUAAAUCAAGUUUAGUUUUCCACAAAAAGAAGGUCCAUGAAGGUCGCAAAGACUUCUCAUGUGACAGGUGCGAAAAGAAAUUUGGAACUAAAUCGUACUUGAUCUUACAUCAUAAAACAGUUCACGAAGGUCGGAAAGAUUUGGCAUGCAACGAGUGUGAGCAGAUAUUUGGACAUAAAUCAAGUUUAGUUUUCCACAAAAAGACAGUCCAUGAAGGUCGAAAAGAUUUCGCAUGUGAC